GUAAUAAAAUACUACGGAGUAUAAUGUUUGCGUAAACGCUUCCGUCAACAAUGAUCUAUCUACAUUUGGGAUUUGUCAGCGACAAUGCCAUUCCAGAAUUCGUGGGUUGGGGUACGAUGUCACCAAAGGACACGUCCAGGAGAAGCGGGAGGUGGACUGCCUCCGCCACCGCUGCGAUAGGCAUCGUCGGUGCCGCCAUCUAUCUCGGUGUGGAGCCUGCUCCGUAUGCUGCCACGACAUCCGAGUACUUUCCCGCACAUGCGCCCGCCACCGCUACGGCGCCAGCGGCCUUAUGGAGCGGCGCCACAUCCUCGUACACACUUGGGCGAUGGACUGAACCCAUUACCGACGUCCGCUUCCACUUCGAGCAUCCACGUCCGUCCUCCACGUCGAUUGCCGACGCGAUCAUCGUGUACGGCCGAGCGUUGCCGGCACGAAUUCAAACGAAGAAGUGGCAUUACACCAGCAUCAACACCCGCGACCACUUCAUUGCGAUCGCCGUCGUGUCGUUGCAGUACCUGUCGCCCAUGUUUGUGUACGUGGUGGACAAGGCCACGAUGGAGAAGUGGGAAUAUGGCGCGAUGCUUCCGGGGUCGUACGGAGUUGAAUUUGCCGCGAGUUCCGUGGAUCCAGCCACUUGCACGUCGGUCGCGUCUGUGAACCUCCGCAUGUGUUUCCAGGACAAUGCAUGGCGCAUGUCUGCGACGUCCAUUCCAUUGACUUCAUCCGAGGAUCGCUCGUCGGUCCGUCCUUUCUCGUUCGAGUUGACCAUGCUGCCAGGAGAACCAUUGAUUCUGUCGUUUCCCCUCGCCAACGAUAUCAUGCGACCUUCAUACGUGCACAAAGGCGCGGGAUAUGCAGUGCAUGGAACGUACUCGUUCGGGUCCGUGGACACCACCAUCGCGACGGCAGUUCCCGCGCUGGGGACGAUCGACUGGACCAAGAGCCUUGCGCUCCAUCGCACUGAAUGGAACUGGGUGUCGUCGACGUUUGUCGCGGACGACGGGACGGCCGUGGGCAUCAACUUGAGUCGCCGCGUGUACGACGUGGACGGCGCAUCCCAAGAGAAUGCGAUUUGGCUCGACGGGAUCGUGUGUGUCCUAGGCGCAGUCACGUUCGACGUGCCAGAGGAUGGAAUGACCCAAGCAUGGAGGAUUCGGUCCGUCGACGGAGUCGGUGCGGUGAACCUCACGUUCGUGCCAGGCGGCGCCAGGCAGGAACGCCUGAAUGUGCUGAACGUCCUUCGCAGCGACUUCGUCCAGCCGUACGGACGUUUCACAGGCAAGAUCUCAUGCACCGGAUCCGAUCGCAUCUCGCGAACCGUCGACAUGCACGAUGCAUUUGGGGUCGUGGAAGAUCAUUUCGCGCUCUGGUGAGACAUCAUACAACUCCGGAGUAGCCCAGUGCAAUGCAGGAUUAUUAACCCUCUGGGCAAUACUAUUAAUAUAAUAGUACUA